AAGAUGAAUGGUUUCAUAAUUUAUGCUUCCUUUGACCCUGAAAUAUUGUGUCAUUCCAACAGCGAUGAAAAUAUUGGGAAUGCUGUUUCUAACCUACAGACUGGAGCUUUCCAAGACCAAGUCGGCCACAUUGCUUCAAUGGAUAACAUGCUCUGUUCUAACCCUUUUGAAUUAGAAAAGAAAUUUACUGAUCCUUCCUCUGGGUUUGAGGUGCACAAACCAAUUCAUGCUUCCGGAUUUCCGGUAAAUCUGAUGCAUUUACCUCAGCGGCAAACACAAGUAAUUCACGAGGAUACUCAUUACUUGCCGAGCAUGCCUGGAACACGGCCUGUUAUGUCAUAUUACCCAGUCUAUUAUCCGGAGCCACAGCAGCUCCAUUAUCAGCCAAAUCAGCCUUAUCCAAUGUAUUAUGUGCCUGUUGCACCGACUCAGCCCUACAAUAUACCUGUGCAAAACGGUAUGGUUCAAGCAACGAAUAUCGGUGCUGGUCAGCCCCAAGCUCUUCCAAAUGCUUCUUUAGCAGCACCUCAACCUGUAGCCGACUUAUCCUCCCAACAAUACCAAAAAAUUCCAGCAGCCCAACAACAUAUUCAUGUAUCUCAUACCGAAACUGAAACAAGGUUUGCAGGGGCUCAAAUUCAGCACCAACCUAAAUCACUUGGUGUCGCCGCUGGUGAAACUGCGAAUCACACUAACAAACUUGAUGAUGACCCUGCUCGUGUCCAAAUAUGCAAAUCUCAACCAACCCCACCAAUGUUGACUUCACAUUAUCAAACAAUGACAAAAACUACGACAUUGCUUUAGUCCGACUCACUGGCGAAGUUGCAUACAGACAAUGCUGAACAACAGAUUACAGCACUGGAACCGUAAUGAUUUGGUUCUCCAUCUGGGAAAACAAUUUUGGUAGGUGUCUCGGUAACUUUGUAGUGGUAUGAUUAGCUUGCCUGCC